AUGGAGAAGAUCAAAGGAUACAAGGAUUUUACGAUGACGGCGGAACUGGAUAACGACAUUGCAACGGAUACAGAACUCCUCAAGCAACGUUACCAGAAAUUUAUUAAAGCAAGCGACCAAGUACGCUGGGCCUUGCAAACUACGAACGCUACCGAGGAGCAAAUCGAGCAAGAUUACUCCACAGUAGCAGAAGUAGAAGAAGAAAUGAGCAAGUUGCAGAGGAAAGAACAGCGCCAGAUAGAUGAGGACAGAAACAGAUUGCUCCAAGACCUGCUUACUCAACAGCAGCAACUCUUUGCAAAUCAGAUCCUCCAACAACAGCAAGCCUACGCCUUACAAAUACAACAACUUAUGGCGCAAGACCAAGCACCAGUUCAAGUAGCAGCAGCAGCAGCUCCAGUUCAACAAGCGACACGUCUCCCCCAAAGACAAAUCAAACACUUUAAAGGAGAUAUUCUUGAGUGGACAUCAUUUAGGGAGAGCUUCUAUGCCUCCAUUCACUCGUCCACAAUGUUGGAUGUUCAAAAAUUCGACUACUUAAAAGAAUACUUGAAGGGGGAAGCGUACUUGUGCGUUGAAAAUCUCGAACUUACUGCUGCAAACUACAACAUCGCCAUAGCAGAGCUGAAAAGAGUCUACGCUAAACCAAAGGCUCUUAUUCAAACUCAUUUGUAA